CUGGUUUGGCUUUUGAUGAUUUCAAAAAUUAUAAUUUAUCGAAUUGCUUUUUUACCGAUAUAACCAACUUACUUUCUUUAAUUGAAGAUCCAAAUCAUAAAUUUGAACUUAAUGAUUAUGAUCAGUCUAUCGGUUCCCUUUCUGGUUGUUCAUUGGUUGCUGUUUUAAUUCACUUUCAAGAAGAAGUCAAUGAAAAAAAUUUAGAGUGUUUCGCUUACGACAAUGAGAAAAACAAAUUAGAAUUUAAAGUAAUGAUUGAUUCAAAAAAAAGACUUGUUUUUUUUAUGUUUGACUUACAAUAUUUAAAAGAAUUUAAUAUUAGACAAGUAGAUUGUAUAGCUCAGACCCCUAUAAAACAUUAUGUGUCACGCAAUAUUAGUUUGAUUAGUUACUUUUAA